AUGUUCCUCUACGGCGGAACGAAUUACCGACGAAUGGUGGAGCCACUCGACAUCGCAGAGUUCUACCGAGACGGGAAAAACAGAGACUACAAGAAACAGGGGAGGUCGCCACAUUACAUUCUGCUGGAGAAAUGGCAGAAGGAAGACGCGGCAGGGAAGGGGAAGAUGAAGAAGAAGGAGAAGAAGACAGUGGAUAUGAUGACUGAAGAUUCCUGCUUCUGGGCGGAUGUGGAGGAGGCUCUGUGUGCGGUGAGAUUGUUGAAGCAGAAGGGUAGCGGCGGCGGUGGUGAGUUUAGUGAGGCGAAGAACCGUUUGGUGGUGUUCCAGAGGUAUGUGAUGGAGCAUAUUGAGAACUUUGCGGUGGAUUCUGAGAUUUUCCUGGGGGAGAGCUCGUUCAUGGUUUGGUGGAAGGAGUUUCAGGAGGUUGCUGGAAUUGUUGGAAGUGGUAGUUCUUCGUUGGAACUGGCGGAGACGAUCGCGUCAUGGCCACGGUGGCGUAGAUGGCGGAGGUAA